AUGUCGGCAACGGUGAAUUUGGAGCUGGCUUCUCUCGAAGAACGACGGAGGUUGUCAGGAGAGCCUGAGCAAGCAUGCGCGGCCAACGCGGAUAUCCCUGUUGCUCGAGCGAAGCAAAAAUGGAACGAUCCAUCUAUCAACAAGUGGCGCAUAGCAGCAGCUUUUGCCAGCUUCACAGUUGCCGGUGCCAGUGACGGCGUGUAUGGUAUACGCGAAGAUUUUGAGUUGUCCACCACGGUGGUCUCUUUGAUUUUUAUGACUCCAUUUGCCGGUUAUACAAUGGCGUCCAUCGCAGUGAAUAAGAUCCAUAUGACAUUUGGACAGCGAGGGAUUGCGACUAUUGGGCCGCUAUGCCAUCUGAUUCCUUUCAUCGUUAUGGCAUUCUUUCCGCGAUUUCCGGUACUGUUGGUGGCUUACGCCUUCGUUGGGCUCGCUAAUGGCCUACUUGACGCGGGCUGGAAUGCAUGGGUUGGCGACAUGGUGAGCGCCAGUACAUUGAUGGGGCUCAUGCAUGCAUGUUACGGGUUAGGAGCAACUAUAAGUCCAGCUAUCUCAACGGCGAUGAUCGACCAUGGUCUGAAGUGGUCUAGAUUCUACCUGACUCUAGUUGGCGGCUCUGCUCUGGAACUCAUCACCUGCGUGCCUUUGUUCUGGCCUGAAAAUGCGGAGCGGUUUAGGAUCAACAACCCCAGAGUGUCAGGCUCGACAAGGGACUCGCGAACGACUGAAGCCAUCAAGAAUCGGGUUACUUGGAUUCUCGCUUUCUUCCUCUUUGCUUAUAUGGGAGUAGAGGUGUCCGUUGGCGGUUGGAUUGUCGACUUCAUGAUGCAGGUUCGCGACGGCGGUGCUGUGGCCUCCGGUCUUGUCCCUACUGGGUUCUGGGCCGGCAUCACAAUUGGCCGGAUUGUGCUUGCUUUUGCAAAUGAGGCCUUUGGUGAGCGACUUGCCGUGAUCAUAUAUCUUGUCCUAGCUAUUGCCCUCGAACUGGUGUUUUGGCUCGUCCCCCACUUCGUUGUCUCCGCUGUGGCAGUAUCACUAAUCGGAUUCUUUACCGGCCCUCUCUUCCCUGCCGCAGUUACAGUAGCAGCGAAACUGCUCCCGAAGCAUUUACAUACCCCGAGUAUUGGCAUCGUCUCUGCUUUGGGGGGCAGUGGUGGCGCGAUACUACCCUUCGUCGCCGGUGCUAUCGCGCAGCCACAUGGUGUAUCCAGUUUGCAGCCUUUCGCGCUGGCUCUUCUUGUCACCAUAACCGGUCUCUGGCUGCUCUUACCCAGACAGCCCCGUCAUUCUCAUGAUAACUAA